CAAAAGGCAGAUGGACUUUUAUUGAAGGAUGUGUUAUCAUUAUCAUCAUCAAUAUUAUUUAUUAUUUAUUUAUUUUUCACAUGUGGGGUAAACAAACUAAAUAAAUAGAAAUCAUUAGAGAUGAAAUUAGACGAGAGCGGACAGAUGGAAUGGGGAUGAAAUGCACGCGAACUGAUCAAAAUUCGUGGAAAAAUCCCUCGUGCGUCUGCGAUGUAAAGUCUGUGUCGAAUCAAAAUUUAAGGGGGAAAAAGCCAUGACGGCUGUGUUAAAACAAACAAUCAGACAAAAGAAAGUCAAGGCAAGGAGCCCCCCUCCUCCAUGUGUGCCCCCCGCCCACCCCUUGUAGGUGUGACAGACAGAAACAACAAAGGGACGUGGAAAAAACUCGCAUCAGGACCACAGCCGGACAACAGCCCAGACAGAUCCCAGAGCACAAUAGCGGAGGGGAGCCUGCAAACAAGAGCAUGUCUGCAGGUUUUGCAAUAUGCAGCAGUCUUCAUUUUAAUGGGGAGAAGCGAGAGACGAGCGCUGCCCAGAAUAAACUGAGGGGGAAAAGAGCAGCGCAGAGAGGUGUGAACUGAAAGUGGACGUCGAGGGGGAAAGAGACCUGAACUGAUUCCAGAGGUGUGUGUCUUUCAAAGGGCCCUCUCCAUGGAUAUAGACACAGACUAUGAGCGGCCCAAUGUGGAAACCAUUAAAUGUGUGGUGGUAGGGGAUAACGCAGUAGGCAAGACCAGGCUAAUCUGUGCCCGGGCCUGCAAUGCUACCCUCACACAGUAUCAGCUGCUUGCCACCCACGUGCCAACAGUCUGGGCCAUCGACCAGUACCGCGUAUGCCAGGAGGUGUUAGAGAGAUCUCGUGAUGUAGUGGAUGAGGUCAGUGUGUCCCUGAGGCUAUGGGACACAUUCGGGGAUCAUCACAAAGACAGACGAUUUGCCUAUGGCAGGUCUGACGUAGUGGUGCUUUGCUUCUCUCUGGCUAAUCCCAACUCCUUGCGCCACGUCCGCACCAUGUGGUUCCCGGAGAUCAAGCACUUCUGUCCCCGGACGCCCAUCAUCCUGGUUGGCUGCCAGCUGGAUCUGCGCUACGCCGACCUGGAUGCCGUAAACCGUGCGCGACGACCCCUUGCCAAACCCAUCAAACCCACAGAUAUACUUCCUCCAGAGAGAGGCCACGAGGUGGCAAAGGAGCUUGGGAUACCCUACUACGAGACCAGCAUUGUUGCUCAGUUUGGAGUCAAAGAUGUUUUUGACAAUGCCAUACGAGCCGCCCUGAUCUCCCGUCGACACCUGCAGUUCUGGAAAUCCCACUUAAAAAAGGUCCAGAGGCCCCUACUCCAGGCACCCUUCCUGCCUCCUCGCCCACCGCGCCCGAUAGUGGGAAUCCCAGACCCCCCUCCCACAGACGGCGAGGGCCCCGAUUCCCUUUUCUGCCAGCCACUGUGCGCAGAUGUUCUCUUCCUUCUGCAGGGUGGCACCACUCGCGUCUUUGCACACAAAGUCUAUCUGGCUACUUCCUGCUCCAAGUUCUACGACCUCUUCACCCUUGAUCUUGGUGGAUCCUGCGUGGUGCCACGGGGGGAGGAGCAGGAGAGCAAGGAAAACCUGGAGAGUGGGGAGGAAGAUGAGCAGAGCAGGAGAGGAGCCAAGGAGCAAGCUGGGCGCACUAAGAGCCUGGACAUUGAUAAAGAUGGGGCUGAUGGAGGAGUGCGGGGCCUUAAUCGACCUCAGCUGCUCCAGCAGGGCUCUUUGAGGACUUCCCAGAGUGAUAAUGCACUCCCAUCUCGAGCCCAGUACUCCGUGGGAGCACUAGGGACUGGUCGAGCACUUUCAGGAUGGGGGAGGGGGUUCCUGAGUGUGUGUUUGGAACAUGUUGAUGAUCCGAUGACUGGACGACCACGACUCAUGACUGUGGUGGCCAUGGAUGCACUUAUACAGGAAGAACCAUUUAAGGCAGUGCUUCAGUACCUGUACACAGGCAGUCUUGACGAGGGCCGAGGGGAUCUGAUGCAGGUGGCCACCAUAGCUGAGCUACUUGAGGUGUUUGACCUACGGAUGAUGGUGGCCAAUGUUCUGAACAGAGAAAGCUUCAUGAACCAGGAGAUCACCAAGGCCUUCCAUGUCCGCAGAGCCAACCGAAUCAAGGAGUGUCUCAAUAAAGGGACCUUUGCUGAUGUGGUGUUCCGCCUGGACGAUGGCUGCCUCCCGGCCCACAAGCCCCUGCUCAUCUCGAGUUGCGACUGGAUGGCUGCCAUGUUCCGCGGCUCUUUCAUGGAAAGCUACAUCGAGGUGGUAUCCAUUCCUAACACCAGUGCAGCCUGUAUGCGUGGGGUGCUAGAGUUCCUGUACUCUGGUCUGUUUACGCCCUGUCCUGGUCUGGAGCCCAUGGAACUGAUUGUUCUGGCAAACCGUCUCUGUUUGCCACGCCUUGUCGCCCUCACAGAGCAGCACGCUGUGGAUGAGCUUCUCCAGUUGGCAGUGAAGGGAGUUGACAUUGAUGGGCAGGUGUUGGCUUACCUCGAGCUUGCACAGUUCCACAAUGCCAAGCAACUAUCAGCUUGGUGUCUCCACCACAUCUGCACUAAUUAUAACAGCAUCUGCCGCAAGUUUCCCAAAGACAUGAAGGCCAUGUCUCCAGAAAACCAGAGGCACUUUGAGAAACAGCGCUGGCCUCCUGUGUGGUUCCUGAAGGAGGAGGACCGCUACCUACGCUCUCAGAAGGAGCGCGAGCGUGAGGAGGAGAUCCUGCGCAAGCAGCACACCAAACGGGGCUGGUGUUUCUGGAGACACCCAUCCUCCUCUCCGCAUGUCUCCUAAAGGGUGCCCUCCACUGACUUUUUCAUCCUAACCUGGGUCAUCACACCCAGGAAAACCAACCCCCACCCUUGUUAAAGCAUAUAGAGGAGAUCGGCUCGGAGCCCUCUAUCAGUGACAGAAAUGACUCUCAGUGCUACUUAUGCCUGAAUGUCAGCAUGUUUGGGGGAAUGUAUGUGCCUCUUUAUAAUUGUGGGUGACUUGAUGAGUGAAUUUCUGUAUGCUUGUGUAACAAGUGUGGACAUAACUGAAGGGUAUAUGCAUGGAUGUGGGAGUGUGUGCGUGCGGUUCGAGUGAUGCUUCCGAGUUGAGUGCUUCCCAGACGCCCUGAUCUUUAAGGGCCUGUGGUGUUGCAGUGCAGCCCCUUGACCCCUCCACAAGAGCUCUGUCCCUCCACCAGCACUCACAGUGUCUCAGCCUUUGAGUGAUUGGACUGGGAGCAAGGGCUCUCUAUCUCUCUCAGUCUCCAUCCUUCACAUUGACCUUAAUGACUAUUACACAUUGACCACUGCUGCUCCUCCCUGGGAGCUUACCUCUGCCUUCACUUUUACUGACUGUUAGCUUGCACACACAGACCCGUGCCCAAGGUCCACCCCUCUAAAACCAGCACUGGAUUCCCAGGAACUGACGCUGACAAUGUAAUUCUUAUUUUGAUAUUAUUUGACCUUUUUAUAUAUUCCUUGCGCCUUCUAGGAUACUAUUAUCAGGGGAGAUGGCGCACACUGCUCCCAAGAAGUGUUGAGGACUUUGAUGAUUGCCAUUGCAACUGCAAAGAUGAGACUGUUAAUGUAGAGCCCACACAUGGGUGUAAGGGUAACCUUAAAACUGUUAGCAAGUUAGGAUGCUCCAGUUGGGGAGGCUUGAUCUUAGCUAUUAACCUCCAGUCAAGUCCUGAUGUGGUCUUUGGUGUUCAUCAUCCACCCCUGCACCUCUCAACCCCUCCUCCUGCGCACCACACCUGCAAAAAAUAGAGCAAAAAUAUAAGCUCUCCUUGAUUAGUUGGAUUCACCAAACUGCACUUCAGAGAUAUUCAAAAUGACCACUCUAUAGCAAUGCUGGGGGUAAAGAGGGCUAGCCUUACUUGACAGAUUCAGUAUUAAACAAAUGGGUUUGUAACGUCCAUGACCACUAGGUUGCUUUUGAGCACCUCAGCCAGCCUGCCUUUACACCCCUAAGACACUGGGGGCAGCACUCUCAGGGCCCCGGCACGAACCCUCACACUAACAGGAGUUUUGAUGCCUGUGAUUUCGUCAGUCUAGUUUCAGUUUUUAAGAUCAUAACUUCAAUCCUUGCAAAGUAUUAGAAGAAAGCUAAAGCACAUGUGCAGUGUUAUUAGUGCAUUUAAAAAACUAUACCUGACUAUUGAUUCUCACCUGAUUCUGAAUACCAAAGCUGUGAUUCUUUUGAUCUCUUUCUUCCUCACUUUCUUCGUCUGCCUCCCUACUUCCUUUAUUGGCAAGAGGGGAUGGAGGAGAGAAGAAAAAGUGGCUCGUAGGCGAAGGAGGCAGUUUGCUUAUGAUAUUUGAAUCCCUCCUCGUGCUGGCGUUUUCAGUCUGUGGUGUCAAGAGAAAAGUGUCACUGCUGGACAUUGCCUUCCAUUCCUCUUGCUGGAAUUGAAAAUGGUGCUUAAGACACAGUAAGACAGUGUCCACAAGAACACACACAAACACACACACAGACACACGUGAUUUUGUGUUCACAGUUUAAACGUCUCUAGUUGUUUAGUGUUUAACUCUGAUGAACGUGCAGAAAUUUAAUGAUUGAAACAUGAGAAUUGUUAAACCUUAAUUUUACUUCAGCAGUCUAUAAGAGGUCAUAAUAGGUCACUGGUUUUAGAAUGUGUAGAUUUCUGCUUUUACAUACAGUGGUUACAACCUUUUACUGUCUUUUGCUGCUUUAAUAUGUAUAAAAAAUGUGAUCUGUUUUGUUUCCUUAACCAUAAGCAGAAAAAUAAUAUUACUAUAGAUUGAAUUUGCAAUCAUGAGUGUUGUCUCAAAUGACAUAUGGUUUGAUAGACACUGCACAAAUCUGAUUUUCUCGCUAAGGGUGCUAAUUUCUUUGGGCUUUAGUACUGAAUGUGAAAACAAGACUUUGUGUUGAUGAGUUUCUGUUAGCACGUUGUUCUAUUUGUGGGUUUGCGCCCCCUCAGCUUUAUCCAGGUAGCUGUAGAUGAUAGAUAGUGUGAGACAUGUGGUGUGUUCUGCCGUUCUCCGCGGGAGGUGUGUUAAAGUCAUUGUCAGCUACUGAAAUAGAAGUCAGAUAGGAUCUCGUGAGACCCAAGUGAGAAUUGAGCUGAUUCCUCGGAGAAGAGUGAAAGUGGAGUAAAAGUGAACAAGUCACAGUCAGCAUUACAUUCAACCUACAUAUUUUGAAAUUAUUCCAUGGAUAUUUAAACUCAUCCCAGUGCAGGACUAUGUGAAUUUAGAAAUGAGACCUAAAGAUGACUCCUUUGAUGGACUUCCAUGGCCUCUUUUUAUUUCCCCAUAGAAAGGAUAGCUAUUAGAUUUGUCUCAUUAAUGGUUGGUUUGACCCAUUAAAUCUCUUCUCUCGGUCCAUGUGCCUUAUAGUUGGACAAAACUAAAAACUAGUUUGAAAUUUUAGGAACAUCUUAGUUUAAACUUGGCAGACAGGCUCUGCAGUUGCUCAUAUGAUGAAUAUAGUAGACAAUGGUAAUGUUAUAGAUAUAAAAUGGAUUAUGUCGUUAUUAUCCUGCUUGAGGGGAUGUUUUCAAUCCAUGAAUGUGGAGAAUCUUUAGACUGCUUGUUUUAUGCAGAAAAAACAAAUGGCCUUGAGUCAUAUUUUGAUAAAGUGUAGUAGAGUAGGUGGGUCUAAUCAUAUGGCCUUAGAUUAGUGUGCUUUUUCUAGGUUGGUAAUUAUUUGGAUUCACUUCAUGGUUGGGAUUCUUCACUGGUGAUUGAGAGGUAGUGAUAAAAAUGAAUCCGGUUGAUUUCUGCAAUGUAACUUCAAAACCACUGACUUUGAGAAAGCAAAGCUUUUUAAUUAGCACUGGCUGGCCUGUGCACUGGGAGGGUGCAGCCACUUUUGGAAUGUGGUUAAUUUGCAUGGUGGCCUAACUUUGUCAUUAUAAUGACACUUGGUGUUGGAAUGCACUUUCUUCUUCUUUUUUAUUCUACUGUACCUUUCUGUGCUUAGCAUGAAAUGUUCCUUAUGUAAGAUUGUUUCUAAACCUGAUGAUUGUAGCACAAUAUUCCCAUUCAAGUCUUUCAAACUUUCCCACAAUUUGCUCAGUGAGGAGCUGAGUAACAUGACUUGUCCACCUUGUAUAAGGCCUAUUUGGCACUGAACCCUACAGUAGCUUUUUUUCUUGCUAUGUGGCUUUAUGCACAAGUCAGUUUAACUAAAUUAACGCAGCUCAGCUUAAGGUAGCAUCACUAAAUAUUCCACUUUUGGUAAAUAUACCAAUAAUAUGCUGGGACACCUACAUACAUUUAUACUGUUACUGUAGUUAAUACAAUCAGUCAAGCUUAUUCUUGUAAUUUUUAAGAUACCGGGUACAGGGCAUACUGAAAAGCAAAAUUUCAAAUGAAAUCAAGUAUUGUGAUAUACAUAUUUAAGAAUGUCCUAAAUGGCUGAAAGCCAAGUAUAAUAUUUGGGUUUAGCCUGCAUGUAAUGACAGAGGAAUCGAGUGAAGCAUGAUGCAUGUUUCUGAUGUUAGACAUAGGUUACUGUAUGUACAGCAAAGUUUCUUAACCUUGGGAUUCAGGCCCUUUCUGGGGUCUCCUGAUAUGCUGAUGGGGUCAUGGGAAAUUUCUAAAAUUUAAAAAAUAAGACAAAAUAAAGUAAAUACUUACUGGUUGAGUCACAGGCCAGGGAAGGUUGAGAAACCCUGAUUCACUGAGAGGGAGAGAUGGAAAUGCAAAAUUUAAAACCUUUGUUAGCUACACUCAGCCCUCAAUAUUUGCUCCACAGUGACUGCUACAGGCGAGACUUACAUCUCGUCACAUUCUGAUGUAGGAGAUAUUAAUUUGGAUUGUCUUGUUCAAUCUCAUCACAUCCUUUUUACUCUCAUUUCCUCCUCAGUUAUUCUAGUUGGAGCUUUUCCUCCUUCUUAGCAGGUCUGACCUUCCUUUUUUGAAAACGAGGCCUAGUGACUGAGAGAACACCUUGUUUUUUAGUCUUUGGUGUCUUUUUUGCUGUGCCUUCAGUGAAAUCUCAGUCUUUUGGCUCUGUGCAGGCCGAAAACACUGCACCCGAGGCCUUCUGGGCUCAAAUAAAAGUCGACCAAGCCAAGAAAAACACGUUAGCACAGAAAUAUUAGCAGGCAGCUUUCUUUAAUGUACGGUAUCUUAGAGCUAGGUUUCUUUAAGACUUUUCGAGGUGUAAAGCAGUUACUGGGUAUUGGGGUCAUAGUGACAACUUCCAGUGAUGACAUAAGAUGUGGAGCUUUACAAGUUCAGUAUGUAAUAUCACCUUUUCAAAAGCUACGCAACGGAUGACUUAAAUUAUGAAAUGACCAAGAAAUCCAGCAAACCAGCAAUUUUAAAACAAUCUUUUCGCACUCUUUCAGGUACCUGCACUUUCUAUUAUGUAGCCUAAUACUUCUUUUUUGAUAUGCUAAGUCUUUAUAUUUACCAGUUUUCUCAAUCAAAAUUAAAAUAUCGCAUUACUUUUCCACUUUUUCAUGAUCUCUUUCUGUCUAAGCCAAAUUCAACAGUAUACCCUAUUGCUUCCACUAUUUAGCUGCAUUUUAUUAUGUUGCAAUCAUGCAUAAAGUCAGUGUAUUUCUAGUUGGGGAACAGCAUCUGUGAACUACUGGUUGGAUUAAAGAGAUAUUAGCAGAUAUUAGCUGUGACAACUACAUAUAUUAUGCUUUAAUGAAGAUAGUUGUUAUCCAAAGUACAGUACAAUGUUGUAAAUUUGAUAUGAGUCCCAGCUGGAAUUAACCUCUCACACCUUAUAACUGCUCACCACACUGUAUGUAUUUACUAAGCUGGUGUAUACAUAGAACUGUAUGCACGGAGAGGCCCAGGACAGGGAGAGUGUUUAUAUAGACAGACAUGGUGUAAUUAACCCACAGUCUAUACUGUAAUUUUGAAGUGGAUCAUACAUACUGCAUAGUAUUGUUAUGCACUUUUGUUUCCAUUUGGCUCAUAUGAGUUGUAUUAACAUUUACUGCUCAUGUUAUUGUGUUAAUUACAAUAAAAGGCAAAAGAAAGAGCACACCACACUCACAAAAUAUUAAGGGCUUUCAAGAAAAUAUACAACAAUCAGAAUGUUUUGCUGCUCUGCUGUUGCAAAAAAUGUUUUGAAACUAAAAAUUUGUAAUAUUUUUGAACCACUGUGAUUUGUACAAAAUUUCAAAAAGUAAAAAAGAUUUUUUUUUUUUUCUUUUUUGCCAUUUCAGUAUUUUGAUGUUUGACAUGGAUUUUAUUAAAACUGUUAAUCUUUUGAA